UUAAAGCACUCGACAUGUCUGGAAGAGGCAAAGGCGGUAAAGGACUCGGAAAAGGAGGCGCUAAGCGUCACCGCAAGGUAUUGCGUGAUAACAUCCAAGGAAUCACCAAGCCCGCCAUCCGUCGUCUCGCUCGCCGUGGUGGAGUCAAGCGUAUCUCUGGUCUGAUCUACGAGGAGACUCGCGGUGUUCUCAAGGUGUUCUUGGAGAAUGUGAUCCGUGAUGCCGUUACAUACACCGAGCACGCCAAGAGAAAGACCGUGACCGCCAUGGAUGUUGUGUACGCGCUGAAGAGACAGGGACGCACUCUGUACGGUUUCGGAGGUUUGAGUAAUCUGUGCAACAUGAGUGGAAGAGGCAAAACCGGCGGAAAGACAAGAGCAAAGGCUAAGACUCGCUCUUCCAGGGCAGGACUUCAGUUUCCCGUUGGCCGUGUCCACAGGCUUCUCCGCAAGGGUAACUAUGCUCAGCGCGUCGGUGCCGGUGCUCCAGUGUACUUGGCCGCUGUGCUCGAAUACCUGACCGCUGAGAUCCUGGAAUUGGCUGGAAACGCCGCUCGGGACAACAAGAAGACCCGUAUCAUCCCCCGUCACCUGCAGCUGGCGGUGCGCAACGACGAGGAGCUGAACAAGCUUCUGGGCGGAGUGACCAUCGCUCAGGGUGGUGUAUUGCCCAACAUCCAGGCCGUUCUGCUGCCCAAAAAGGCCGAGAAAGCCACCAAAGCUCUAUCUAGCAGUUGUUUGACAAUGGCAAGAACCAAGCAAACCGCCCGUAAAUCUACCGGAGGCAAAGCCCCGAGGAAGCAGCUCGCCACCAAAGCUGCCCGUAAGAGCGCUCCUGCAACUGGCGGCGUCAAGAAGCCUCACCGUUACAGGCCCGGCACCGUGGCUCUGCGUGAGAUCCGCCGCUACCAGAAAUCCACUGAGCUGCUGAUCCGCAAACUGCCCUUCCAGCGUCUGGUCCGAGAAAUCGCUCAAGACUUCAAGACAGAUCUGCGCUUCCAGAGCUCCGCUGUCAUGGCCCUGCAGGAGGCCAGCGAGGCUUAUCUGGUCGGUCUGUUCGAGGACACCAACCUGUACGUUGUAUUGUCAACAAUGUCAGGAAGAGGCAAAGGUGGUAAAGGUCUCGGAAAAGGAGGCGCUAAGCGUCACCGUAAAGUUCUGCGUGAUAAUAUCCAGGGAAUCACCAAACCCGCCAUCCGUCGUCUCGCCCGCCGUGGUGGAGUCAAGCGUAUCUCUGGUCUGAUCUACGAGGAGACUCGCGGCGUUCUUAAGGUGUUCCUGGAGAAUGUGAUCCGUGAUGCCGUUACUUACACGGAGCACGCUAAAAGAAAGACCGUGACCGCCAUGGAUGUUGUGUACGCGCUGAAGAGACAGGGACGUACUCUGUACGGUUUCGGAGGUUAAACUUCUUAAAUCCAUCUUAACUAAAGGCUCUUUUAAGAGCCACCCAAAUGUUAAA